AUGCGACGACUGGGCGGGGAUCAACACGAUUCACUGCAAACUCGUGAAGGGGAAUUUAGGGAACAAGUGUUUUGCAUUCGCUUCAUCUCACCUUCAAAAUUACCCACGGACGUUGCGUCUUCUAAGGGUGUUAGUGCAGAGGAAGCCAAGAAACGAAUCUACGUUGGCCAUUUGCCGCUGUAUGCUCAUCGCGAUGACCUCGUCAAGUACUUUAGUGCAUAUGGCACCGUCGAGACGGCCUUCGUGGCCAAAACAAAGGGUGGGAUAGAGCCUCGAUUCUUCGGUUUCGUCUACUUUUCAAGACCAGAGGAUGUUGAAAAAGUACUGGCCUUCCCGGGUACGCACAGAAUCAGAGGACAGGCAAUUAUUGUGAAGGCUGUGCAACCGGAUUACCCACUAGUGACCUCCCCAAACCCAAGCAUUAUGCAUGCUAACGCUUGCUAUGUCCACCUUUUAAUGCUCGUAUCUUUUCAUUAUCGAUUCGGAAAUAUAGGGGAAGAUAUUUUGAUCGACAGGACGUUUAUUUUGACAUCGGUAAAUUCAUCUUCUUUGUCGACCAAUAACGGAAAUUGCAAUGGAGUACUCCUGCUCCUGGUGAGACCCUAUAAUUGUGUUAUGCGAAGCCCGUUCAGCUCCGCGACUCUCAUUUUCGACAAAAAUAAUGUGAUUCUUUUUUGGGAUUCGAUAAACACAUGUCUACACAUGUGCAAAACGACGGAUUCCUUGAGCCUAACUCGAUCAUUAACUCAACCGCGGAGUUUGACACAUGCGUAA